CAUAACCUUUCGUCAUCUUGAAUCGCCGCAGAUAGCACGAGUUUCUUUCUCAUACAAUAAAAUUUUUACCCAUUUUAAAUUAAAUUAAAUAUGUUUGGUGGACAGCAACCUAUAUUAGUUUUGAGUCAAAACACAAAGCGAGAAUCUGGCCGAAAAGUUCAGCUGGAAAACAUCAAUGCUGGUAAGGCUAUUGCUGAUGUUAUCCGAACAUGUUUGGGUCCACAAGCAAUGUUAAAAAUGCUGAUGGACCCAAUGGGUGGUAUUGUCAUGACAAACGAUGGAAACGCUAUUCUCCGCGAGAUCACUGUCCAGCAUCCAGCUGCGAAGAGUAUGAUCGAAAUUGCCCGCACUCAAGAUGAAGAAGUCGGUGAUGGCACCACUUCAGUCAUUGUUUUGGCUGGAGAGAUGCUUGCUGUUGCUGAACCUUUCUUGCAACAGCAAUACCAUCCCACUGUCAUUAUUCGUGCAUAUCGUGAGGCAUUGGAGGAUAUCAUUAAGCACUUGCAAAACGACUUGAGUAUUCCAUUGGAUGUGAAUAACAAAGAACGCAUGGCUGAGGUAGUAAAAGCCUGCGUUGGAACUAAAUUCAUUGGAAAAUGGUCAGAUUUGGCUGUGAAGAUUGCUCUUGAUGCAGUCCAAACUGUCACUCUUACCGAAAAUGGUCGUUUGGAAGUUGAUAUUAAACGUUACGCAAAGGUUGAGAAGGUACCUGGAGGAACUCUUGAAGAAUCCUGUGUCUUACGCGGUGUAAUGUUGAACAAAGACGUUACCCACGCUAAAAUGAGGCGUUACAUUGAAAAUCCACGCAUUGUUUUGCUUGAUUGCUCAUUGGAGUACAAAAAAGGUGAAAGCCAGACAAAUGUGGAAAUUAUUGGAGAUCAAGAUUUCUCGAGAAUGCUUCAAAUCGAAGAAGAGUACGUCCAGAAAAUCUGUGCCGAUGUUAUUGCAGUCAAACCUGAUAUUGUCUUUACCGAGAAGGGUGUCUCUGAUUUGGCACAACAUUAUUUGUUGAAAGCUGGCAUUACAGCCAUUCGUCGUCUCCGUAAAACAGACAACUUGCGAGUGGCACGUGCUUGCGGAGCUACAAUUGUUAACCGUACUGAGGAACUCACUGAAAAAGAUGUCGGUACAGGAGCUGGUCUAUUUGAAGUUAAAAAGAUUGGUGAUGAAUACUUUACUUUCAUCACAAAUUGCAAGGACCCAAAAGCCUGCACUAUCCUCUUGCGUGGUGCCUCAAAGGACAUUCUUAAUGAAACCGAGCGUAAUUUACAAGAUGCUUUGCAUGUUGCAAGGAAUUUAGUGCUCGAGCCAAGACUUGUUGCUGGAGGUGGAGCUGUUGAGAUGGCUGUUUCUCAGUUACUUUCAAGGAAGCAACUCAAGGGACCUUAUACAGCUGUUGCACAAGCUUUGGAAAUCAUUCCACGCACCUUGGCUCAAAACUGCGGUGCCAAUACAAUUCGUACUUUAACUGCGCUGCGCGCCAAACAUGCAUCUUUCUCAGGCGAUGGAGUGUGUGCUUGGGGAAUUGAUGGCGAAACUGGUGAGAUUGUUGACAUGAAUGUGAAGGCAAUUUGGGAACCAUUAGCUGUUAAGAUGCAAACCUACAAAACAGCUGUUGAAACAGCUAUUCUUUUGUUGCGAAUUGAUGACAUCGUCUCUGGAUCAAAGAAACGAAAGGACAAUGAACCAAUGCAUCCUGGUGCUGCUGCAGCUCAAGAAUAAAAAAAUUAUUUUUGUGUUUUUGUCACUUUCAUCAUCAAUAUCACACACACUCACACACAUGUUUGCUUUAACAAAAAAGAUAAUCUUUUUGCAAGAAACUACAUUUCUGUUCCGCAUUUCGUUCUGUAUUAAUCAAUUAAUUUUAUCAUAAUUUGUCAAAUUAAUAAAAAAAAGAUUUUCUUUUUAAUCACUA